CCAGAGUGUGCACAUUGCAAGCAUGAACAUAUCAACAUAAAAUGAUUAAAAUGUCAGAAAUACUAGCCAGAUGCCUUCCACUGCCAGUGCUGCCAUUGCUACUGGUGCUACCAGUGUUGCCAGUGCUACAAGUUUUGCCUGUUCUGCCAGUUCUGUCAUUGCUACAAGUGCUUCCAGUGCUACAAGUAUUGUCAGUGCUACAAGUACUGUCAGUGCUGCCAGUGCUACAAGUGCUGCCAGUGCUACAAGUGCUGCCAGUGCUACAAGUGCUGCCAGUGCUACAAGUGCUGCCAGUGCUACAAGUGCUGUCAGUGCUACAAGUGCUGCCAGUGCUACAAGUGCUUCAAGUGCUGUCAGUGCUACAAGUGCUGUCAGUGCUACAAGUGCUGCCAGUGCUGCCAGUGCUACAAGUGCUGCCAGUGCUACAAGUGCUGCCAGUGCUACAAGUGCUGCCAGUGCUACAAGUGCUGUCAGUGCUACAAGUGCUUCAAGUGCUGUCAGUGCUACAAGUGCUGUCAGUGCUACAAGUGCUGCCAGUGCUACAAGUGCUUCAAGUGCUGUCAGUGCUACAAGUGCUGCGAGUGCUACAAGUACUGCCAGUGCUUCAAGUGCUGCCAGUGCUACAAGUGCUGCGAGUGCUACAAGUGCUGCCAGUGCUACAAGUGCUGCCAGUGCUAUAAGUGCUGUCAGUGUUAAAAGUGCUGCCAGUGCUGCCAGUGCUUCAAGUGCUGUCAGUGCUACAAGUGCUGCGAGUGCUACAAGUACUGCCAGUGCUUCAAGUGCUGCCAGUGCUACAAGUGCUGUCAGUGCUACACAUGCUGUCAGUGCUACAAGUGCUGCCAUUGCUACAAGUGCUGUGAGGGCUACAAGUACUGUCAGUGCUACAAGUGCUGCCAGUUCUACAAGCGCUGCCAUCUCUUCUGGUGCUACAAGUUUUGCCAGUGCUACAAGUGCUGCCAUUGCUACUGGUGCUACAAGUUUUUGCCUGUGCUACCAAUGCUGCAGAACAUCUCUCUCCACAGUGCCUGGAGGAGUGGGUGUAAAGAGUUGCACAAGACACGGUCAUUACGACGACGUGCAAUAUUUUUUACCCCCAUGAUGUUACACUAAUUGAAUAUCUGUCGAAAAUAUUUGUGGCUGAACGACAAAUGCCAGAAAGCGUACCAUAAAACGGGGUGAAUAGAAACGGUAGGGUGCAUAGAAACAGUCUGCUCGAGGAAUCCUUAUGUGUGAUACCUUUAGUUUCAAUGUUAUAUGAUUUGUAAGUUAUUUACCAGUAUUAUUUAAAGGGAAUUUCAUUGAAGAAUUUGUACUUAAUGAUUCUGUGAGCAGAGUGUUUCUAUUGUUUAUACUCACCCCGUUUUACAGUAUCCAGUUAAAAUGUUAGGAGUAACCCUUAAGGGCUCCGCCUACCCGUACACACACACGUCGCGCAGAGCUUCAGGAAAAACAACGCGAUUUUAAAACCACUCAAGAUAUCCGAUAGGGGUCUGCUUACGAAAAGUAUUUUAGAGUUCGCUGAGGGCCAAAAAGUACUUUUGAUUUCGGAUAAAGUUUUUAAACUGUAGUUUUAGAAGAGUUAAAGAGGCUAAAACGCAUGUUUUCAGAGUGAUUUUUUUCAUUUUUAGGCGUAAAACAAUCAGUACAGAUUCUUGGAAGCACUCAAGGGACUUGCAUUAAGCCUUUAUCUGCAUUUCUCUGCCAUAUAAUGUUACAGUCACCGUUCAGAUCUCACAGUUAUCCUGUGACGACGAGAAGACUGCGCGCCGGUUCAGAGGAGACACCGCGCUAGAAGCACCAGCGAGCGUCGCUCUUAUCAUCCCGCCUCGCUGACACACAUACACCCCUGACGAGGCGGGCCCCUUAAAUAAAAUUAAAGGAAAGAAAAAAAA